UGGUAGGCUAUUUGAGGAGCGCUCCGCGGCAUCUAUCUCCGCCAUUUCUCACUGAGUUGAAGCAUAGGUUGGGCUUCAUUCUAAAGUCAACCUCUCCGCUAAAACACUGUCCAAUUUGGAGUAGGGUUUUAUCAUGCUGGAAGGACGCUAUUUUCUAGCGUCUUUGACGCGCUGAGUUUAUUAUUUGUUUUGUUUCUGCAAGAUGGAGCCGCAAAUGAUGUCCUGCUUCGUUUUCUUGGCUCUUGCGUUUUCAGAAAACGUCGGAUGUUCUAGAGGAAGGGUUGGACCUAAAGUGACCGAAAAGGUUUGUAGAGCAUCGUGCUAUCAUGUUAUUUUAUGCGACGUCGGAGCAUACACAAACACAGGCUUGCAUCACUGGGGAAUUUGAUGGAAGCCUUCAAAGAACAGCUGCGGUGUUGAAUACAUAGCACGAGAGCCUACGUGUUCAUAACCGGUGAAGCGCAAUAACAGCACAUUGCAUUUAUCCCAUUCUAACGUUAAAUGUCUUGGUAGCUUACAUGUAUCGACAUAGUAGCCUAGGCAUACAAUUUCAGGAGCCAGGAUUAGUUAACCGGAGAUUAAACUCAACAUAGCCUAUUUUUAUGUAUUUAUUUUUUAUACAAGUAGGCUGGCUACUGCCAAAUGGCCAAGGCAUGGAAUGGAAGGAGUCGGACUAUAAUAGCCUAGGUAAGGGGUAUUCAAAUACAAUUUUAGAAGGUCCAGUCACACACAUUUCCUAAGUGGGAAAGGUCCUGAUAGAAUAGAUAUUGUCAUUUAUCGGUGCUCUAGUACAGCAUAGUAACACAUUUACCAUUGCCCAUAUUAUGAUUUGGGAUACAUGGUUUUAUAUCAAAUGUUUUCAGGACUACUAUUAAAUGCAUUAAAUUAGAUACAUUUGAAUGAAUUACAAACAACUUCUUUAUUUUGACUGUGAAAAUGUGCAUUGUACAGGCUGCACUGUAGUAGUAAGUAGGCUAUUACUAUUUGUCAUGCUGCUUCAAAGAUUUAAGAAAUUAGUACAACAAAAAGGAUUUAAAAAAUGAAUGGUUUCUCUUUUUAUAAAAAUAUAAUAAAGUGCACAUUUGUGACAACAUUGCUGAAGAACAAAAGUGGUUGCAUAGUAAUCUGUAUUCAAAAAAGUCACUGAGCCAAUGUACAUGGGCCUUGCAUUUCUCUUAAUUGAAUAAAUAAUAAUAAUAAACUAAAGUGCACAUUUUAUGGAAAACAACAGAGAGUCCAAUAGAAAAGAAAAUCUGAGUGCACAGACUGUGUUCCAUGCAUGCACAAGUCACUCUGGGCCUUGCAUCAAUGACUAAUGAGAGAAAUUACACUUUUUUUCUCCUGCCAAUACUUUGAACUUUGGCAAAACAAAAAUGGUGUGAGUGCAAUUCUAAGACACUGGUGCAGGUGUUCAUUGGUGAGCCUGGUGCGGUAUUUGGUUUUAAUAAUGUUAAUUGUGGAGAAGGCUGACUCAGGAUGUGUAGUUCCAUUUUGUUUAGAACAGGGAAACCAGCUGCGGGCACCAUCUUUCCCCAGAAACUGACAGGGUCACAAUCACCAACCUGCUCUUUCAAAGCCACAUUUUCUUGCAGUUCAAUCAACUCCAUUUGUAGUGAUGCAACAUUUACCCAUCUGAAGGUCUGUUUCGCUUCCUCUGAAGGGGUUCUGUAUGAACAGCAGCAGUUGUCUUCCAAGAGCAAAGUCAUCAAAGCGAGCCUUGAAGUUAUCCAUCAGCUUCUGUAUGAAAUCACCAUGUUGGGGCACAUCUUUCUCUCCCUGGGUUUCCCCCAAAAGAUUGGGGAAGUAGACAAGUUCUCCCUGGAGAUCAGUCUUGAAAAUCUCACAUUUCCUCUGGAAAGCCCGGACUGCUGUUAUCAAAUCACACACUGUGUUGUUCUGUCCCUGCAGCUUAACAUUGACCUCAUUAAGAUGUGAUGUAAUGUCUGCCAAAAAUGCAGCUGUUUGCAUUUUCUCCACAUCUUCCAAAAACUCUGUAAACUGAGUUGCCUUUUCACGGUUUUGCUCUGAUAGGAAAGAUUUAAUCUCCUCCCGAAUGGCCCAAAAUUGUUCCAAAACUCUGCCUUUGCUGAGCCAUCUGACAUUGUUGUGCAGUAGUAAGUCAUCAUAGCUGGCAUUAACCUAUGUCAGAAAGCCUCUUAGCAGAUGAUGCUGUAGGGAUGAUGCUCUCAAAAAGUUUAUCAGUUUCAUCAUUGUUGUCAUGACCUCAGCAUACACUUCUCCCAGACUGGCACACAGGACAGAUGGUGGAUGAUGCAGUGGUAAGAUAUCAGGUCAGGGUGGUCCUCUUUCAAACGUGCAACCAGUCCCCUCCCUCUUCCUAUCAUGGCUGGAGCUCCAUCUGUGGUGAUGGAAACCACUGAUUUCAGAUCUAUCCCCCUUUUUGUCAGCAUCCCUUUGAAUGUCCUCUCCUCGUGUGUGUGCUUCAAGAGUUGUUAAACCCAACCGAUCCUCACAGAAUUCCUUUUUUGUUUUUUCAUAAAAUCUCACAAAUACCAGAAGCUGGGCAUAAUCGGUGGUAUCUGUUGAUUCAUCCACAGCUUAAGAAAUGUAUGGUGCAUUCUGAAUGGCCUCAUCAAGUUGUGAAAUCACGUCUUCAGUUAUUUUCAUUGCUGUGGAAUCUGACAGUGGGAUCUGUUUGAUCUUUUCCUUCAGCUCAUCUUUUUGUUUACCAUCAAGCAAGGUCUCAGCCACCACUCAUGCAUUCUUUAACCAUCUCUGCGUCAGUAAAUGUUUUCCCAAAACCCAAGCUAUUCUCAAUGAGCACUCCAUUGCACGUUCUUGGGCUGUCAGGGAAUGCACAAUAACUUCUGUGUUUUGGGGAUACGUUUGCUCGAAAUGACUGUGUUUUGUGUCAUAGUGGCCCUUCACAUUGGCACAUUUCACGAGCGCUACGGACUCUGAGCACAUCAGACACAUUGGUUUUGAACUUGUUGCGGGGAGAAUGAAUGCGUACUUGUCUGUCCACUCAUCUUUGAAAAUGCGAUUUUCGCUAUCAACUUGUAUUUUCUUUGAACAAGCCAUCCUCACAUUCACAAUGUCUAUAGAUGGACGUAUUUCCGUGUGUGUCUGCAUGCUGCUUGCUCCAAGUCCCAACACCUUCUUUCACUGUCAAAGAUAUUUGCAUAUAUUUAUGCGAUUGGAUGAGACUCAUUUGCAUAAAUGCACGCGAUUAGAUAGGACGUGGCCCCAGGCUGUUGUUUCAUCACCACUGCUAGUGUCACGAUCGAUACAUGAUGAAGCGGACCAAGGCGCAGCGUGAUAGGCGUACAUACUUUAAUAAGUGUACACAACACGAACAAAAACAACAAAACGAUACGUGAAGUCCUAGGUUAAUAACACAAACCUUAACGGAACAAGAUCCCACAAUAAACUGGUGAAAACAGGCUGCCUAAGUAUUGUCCCCAAUCAGAGACAACGAGCUACAGCUGUCUCUGAUUGGGAACCACCCUGGCCAACGAUCUAGAACAAAACCCAUAGAAAACUAAACAUAACAAGUCCACACCCUGGCUCAACAUUUAAGAGUCCCCAGAGCCAGGGCGUGACAGCUAUAGACAGAGAGAGGCUGCGCUGCACUUGGGAAACGGCGCCCGGUCGAUCAUGUUUGAAAGCUGGGCCGCCAUUUGAGUAUGACUGGCCUAGAUAUUCCAUAUAAUAUGCUACACUCAUUCCCCAUUGCACCAUUUAGGGAAAUAUCCUUUAUAAACGCAGCUUGUAGGCCUAUGUUUAUGGGAUAUCUCAGCCAUUCAAAUGUUUAUAAUAAGUAAUUACAAUCCAUAAGUGUAUAAAUAAAAAGUGGGCCUAUUUAGGCAAACUUCAAAGUUUCUGAUUUUUCUACUCUCAUAUGCCACCAGUGCCCACCACCAUUACGCUAAAGUGACUUCAAGCCUGUGCAACUAGAUUAGACAUUUUCUUCAGCUCACCAAGAUAUCAUAGGACUCAAAUAUGAUCACUUCUGUUAUACAUUUCUCAACAAACUCUGCUCUAUCAACUCUACUGUAUAAUUAUACUGUAACUCUACAGUAUAUGAAUCCAUAAUUGAAGCUCGUAUGUUUUGUGUUUGUCUCCCUAUCCCAGGUGUUCUUUGACAUCACUGUGGCAGGUCAUGAAGUUGGCCGGAUCGUGAUUGGCCUGUUUGGAGAUGUUGUUCCCCUGACUGUGAAUAACUUUGUGGCUCUUGCCACAGGGGAGGUAAGCCUACUGUACGCUGUCUGUGUGAAACCUGUUAUUGUUGUGUGAGUAAACAACACAGAGGAAAGCAUCUGAAUACCAAUAUCCAUCCAUAGAUCAUAGGUCUUCUUAAGAGUUGACAUGAUGUUGCUUUGGACAGAGUAGACUGAACAUGCAGUCUUCAUCCCAAAUGGCACCCUAUUCCCUAAAUUGUGUACUUUUGACCAGGGCCCAUAGGGCUCUUGUCAAAGUAGUGCACUAUGUUGGGAAUAUGGUGCGAUUUACAGUAUCCUAGUCUAACACACGGUUGCUAGCUAAUAGAUCACCAGCGUAUUUCUUGCAGAUUUGCAAAUAAAUAAACGAUACAAUCAUUAGAAUUUCCAAAAUCAGUGGGCCCAUCCCAGAGGGCACCCUAUUCCUUAUAGAGUGCACUACUUUUGACCUGGGCCCAUAGUCUCCAGUUCCAGUGUCUCCAUUGACAUUGCUAGUGAUUACUUUAGGGCACUUCCACGGAAACCGAAUUACACUUUGACUCAGAUUUUUCACUUUAAAAUGUAUGCCAUUGAUUUCCAAGUUUAACAAACCAUAUAAUUUCCAAAAUCAUUGUUUUUGCAGAAAGGAUAUGGCUACAAAGGAAGUGCGUUUCACCGGGUGAUCAAGGACUUCAUGAUCCAAGGGGGUGACUUCACAGCUGGAGAUGGAAAUGGAGGUAAGAAAGAUUGAAGUAUGAUCAUGUAGAGUUUGACCUGUCUUAGACAUUUGAUCUCAUGUUGAAUGUUGGGAAUAGUAACAACAAUAAUAAUUCAUUUAAUUUGUAAAGCGCUUUUCUUAUAGUGCAUCAACAAAGCAGAAAAGUUGGUUAUGUACACUCCCCUAAAGUUCUCAGUGGGGCCCAUCCCAGAGGGCACCCUAUUCCCCGUAGAGUGCACUACUUUUGACCUGGGCCCAUAGUCUCCAGUCCCAGUGUCUUCAUCUGUCACCACACAGUCCCUAAAUGCUGUUUCCUUAUUUGCUGGCACAGGUAGAAGCAUUUACGGCAACCAAUUUGCUGAUGAGAACUUCAAGCUGAAGCACCUGGGAGCUGGUUGGGUCAGCAUGGCCAACGCGGGCCCAGACACCAACGGCUCCCAGUUCUUCAUCACUGCAUCCAGGGCUCCUUGGCUGGACGGGAAGCACGUGGUGUUUGGGAAGAUCCUGGAGGGCAUGGUAAGUGGAGGCACACUACUGGAGGCACACAAUUAGUUGUUAGAGUUUGAAUUGUUUUUGUGGCCACAGACAUUGGAAAAGCAUCUGUCACUCACACAUACACACACAAACACAGGUUAUACACAGUGGUCCAAUUCAUCACUAAUACAUAUUCAAAUCUUUUCAGUCUGUGGUUCACACCAUCGAGCUCCAAGACACAAAUGACCGGAACCUGCCCUAUACAGAGUGUGUCAUUGUCAACAGUGGGAAGAUUGAAGUCAAAGAGCCAUUUAUUGUGGAUGUGGAGGGUUGGUAG